ACGCUGCUGGGCGUGCGGGACAAGGCGCUUGACGGGCGUGACCACGGCGCGUCUGUCCGAUCGCGUCGCGUGUCGAAGUAUUUCCUGAAACGGGAACAAUGCAAUGCGCCCACAACCGCGUGCUGCCCCGCAACUUCUUGGCCUUGCAAAGUGCUUUCGGGGAAGCGGGUGUGCACGCGCGCACUCUGCCGGGGUGUGCGAAAGUCGAUGAAUGGGAGUUCCACAGCACAACAGUGGGUUUCUACAGUAAGACGAGCACAGGCGCUGCGCUGCGUUCAGUAAGUAUAACCCGUCAUAAGGUACUAGCCCUAAUCACUGCCAGGGUGACAUUGAGGACCUGCGUACCAGCAGGAACCAUGCUCCAGUUUUCUGGCAGAGCGUAUAUGAAUAUCUCGGAGAGGAUCUCGUGCGGGAGUCGGCGAACAAACGCGAGAAGGGUGUUGUGUCUGUCAAUCUGAGUGUCCAGUUUGCGAAUGAGUUCGCGCUUGAGCUCGGUUAGGUCUGACGCCU